GAGUAUUCAGAUGUCAUUGUCCAUCCCUGAAUGCAAACGUGAUGCUCCAAAAACGCGGAAGCGGAUCAAGUCUGAUAGGUUCACACACAGACAUCAUCUCUGACCGAGCCGUGAGUGAGUGCAGCUGAGAGCUGAGUGAUGUUUGUUGGGGAGGAGGGGGAGCAGCAGCAGCAGCAGGAGCAGACUAGUCCGAAACAGAAGUGACCGCUAGCUUCAUGUCGACGAUACACACACAGUACUGAAGUAGCGGGAAGAAGGAAAAAGGUAGAGACGGACGGACGGGGGGGAGAAAGGGGGACUGGCUGGAAGGGAUAGUGGACUAUUUUUCCCCCCGUGAAGCAGCAAAUCUUUUAGGUUAUUUCGAUUGGGGUUGAAGUCACCUGUCUUGAGGAGCUUGAGGAUAUCAGCUGUAGGAAGGUUAGCUUGUAGCCACCGCCAUCUCUUCCUUUGAGUCGGAGCCAUGGGGAACGCUGCCACGGCCAAGAAGGGCAACGAGCUAGAGAGCGGUAAGUUUGUCCGCUUUAUCUAUGUUUUAUUUAGGCUUUUACACUUAAAAACAUCUUAAAAGUGGAUAUCUUAGUUUGUUACAACAGUUACCCAAACUGGCAGCUGACUGUAAAAUAGGGGAGGGCCGUUUCCGUCCGUCAUCUGUACAGUUAUCUCUCUAACGCUGGAAAAUAUCCCUCAAGUCAACAAAUAUGUCCAUACUCUGGAUUGUUUUUGCUCUUUUUGCAAGAAAAUUCAUCUAUAUGUUUAGUUUCGUUAGCAAGUAGCAAGGAGAAACCACGGAUGUUGGGGUUUUCUUUGCUGCAAGAAGGCGGAGGAGGGGAGAGGUGCCUGUGUUGACAGCCUAUUAAAGUUAUCACACAGCAAACCUAAUCGAUGGAUUCACAAUAUUGACGGUGUGUAGCCCGCUAAAACAGUGUUUACACGCCAGCUGGAGCACAAGUGGGAUCAAGCUUUCUGACCACUUAGUUAGCAUGCUAACUUUAGCAUUGAGGAGGGGGAUUAGCCCUCUGAAGGCCCCUGUCAUUUCAGUGCCUUUUGAUUGUGCUAGCUGUUCAGGCCUGCACAGAGUUUGUUAGCCAUGGCGUUUUGAGCCUUAGAUAAUGGCUCUCAAACCUCAGGCUAGCAUCACCUCAUAAUCCCCCCCAUGUACUGUCAUCCUUAAAUUAGCUGAAUAACAAUAAGGAUGUCUUCUUACUGCGUGUUUAGCUGCAGCUUCACACAGCUUUACAUGUAAACUUUCUUCUGCAGAUGUUAAAAAUGCAGCAUUCACCACAGAAACCCCUGUGUUAUUGUUAUAAAUAGCCAGUAAAUUUCACUAGCAGGCUCUGUGGGACUGUUUCUCCCCCAGGCUUCUCUCUUCACUGCCAUGUUUUAUUCCUGGUUGCAUAAACAAAGCUUUCCCUCUGUACUGCAACUGUGACCAAAUAUGGUGAAGAAAUGACAAAUGCCUGCUUUCCAUUCAUAAAACUGGAACACUACUACUGCCUUUCCUGCAUCUGCGCACUCAUAUACACACACACACAAUCGCAUAAACACACUGGAUUGUGCGCCUUUGGCUAUAUUAAAAGCCUUGCAGUGGUAGAGGUCCAUCCAGGCUCGCUUCUCACACUCAGCAUGUCAUUGACUGGAGCAGCUUGUCAUCAGACCUUCGUCAGAGGAUAAGGGGUAUUACAAGCUUUGAAAGGUUUGACGUAACUAGGACUAGGCCAGUGUUACUUUGCACUCAUAUGCUUUGAUGUGCUCAGCUUGUCAUCAUUGAGCAUCCCACAUAAAUGUUUGUCCUGGAUGUAAACACUGACGGUGCAAAAGUAUUUUCAGCAGGAUCAGAUUCAGCUAAAUUUAGCCACUCAAUAUUUGAACAAUUUCUUAACUAAUAAAUAAACUUUUGUACGUUCAAAGACCAAUCCAUGUUCAGUUACCCAGUCACCCAAUUUGUUUAAAGUACCGCCCCUUAAUGAUGCAGCAGUUACGUUCCUCUUGGAUUUAUAGGCUCAUUGAGACAGACCAGGCGCACAGUGAGCGGUGCCAACCAGACACACUCAGGUGGACAGGGAUGAUCAGAUCAGUCGAUGCGAUACUGGCAAGCAUUUCUUUUGAGUGUUACUAUGAUCCCUAGAUCCUGCACCUUGGCAAACUCUUAAACCUGUUUAAGCUGACACCGUGCCCUGAGCUGCAGAUCUGUCUGGACUGCAACCGCUCCGGCCACAUGACCUGGUUACCUACAGUCCUGUAUAUACACCAGCCUACCUGUGUUUACUGUAUAUAGCUGGCUUUAGCUGGAACAGUUGGAAGAGCAUGAGCACAGUCACGCCUUCCAGGGAGAUUAAACAGCCACCACCAUGACAUCUGAUUUCUUUCCUCGCACUCAUGUAUUGUGUUUCUCACUACUAAGAAAAACUUCAAGCUAAAUUUAAAGAAACUUGGUGAGAGGAUGUAGCAUAAGCUCAUGAAAAUCCCAUUAAAGAUUGACCUGGAUUUGACCCACUAACUAUAAAUAAUAUUGACUUAAUUGUGACACAGACGUCAAAAAACAGACUGCGUCAGUACUACAAGACAUUCAUUUCUUCUUUGUAAACCGGUAUGUUAUCGUAGAGUAAGCAGUUUAUAUUUGUAAUCAUGUUGAUCAUAAUGAACCGGUUCUGUUUUUUGUUAUAAAUGUAUAUUAUGUUUUUUUAAAUAAUGCUAUAAUGAAUUUAUAGCUCAUAUCAUGCCACUUUGAAGUACACAAUUACAUAUUUAUAAUUCAGGGGAUUUUUACACCUGCUGUUGCACAUUUGCCUUUCAUAAAUGACUCCACUUAUAGCAAGUCUGACUUAGAGUUUUCUUCCUGUGACUCACUGACGAUGUUUUGUUUUAAGAAUCUGCCUUAAAAACACCCUUUUUAUAUUUUCUUGAUUUUCAGGGUCUUAUUGUUUCAUACUAAAGGUCCUUUCACACUGAGAGCGUUUUUUUUGUACCAUUAUUUCGGACGUCAAUUUUUUUCUGAACUCGUAUCCUGUCAAUAUAAGCAUUCACAUCAGCAAAGUUUUCUUGACCUGUGAUAUUGCGGCAUUUAUUUUUUCAGAUCAUGGUCAUUUUUCUAAAGUUUCACAUACUGUGUGUCCACUUCUGACCAAUCAGAUUUCGUGUUGUUUUGACGUUUGAUUCACUGGUAUAUCCAACAUGGCCGACCAGCUAAUUGUUUACGUGUCAGAGAACAGAGUGCUUUUUGAUAAAAAACACAAACAUUACAAAGAGAACAACCUGAAAAACAACUUGUGGAGAGGCAUAGCGUCGGAUCUCUCAUAUGACGAUAGUUUCUGUGCUUUAACAGUUUGCUAAACAUCUUUGUUUUAACUUUCAUCUGUGCUAACAUAAGCCAACGUUCGUUACCAUAGUUUCAUGUGCUUAUCUUAUCGCCUCUGAUUGGCUAUAAGUGAGCAUGUGAUGACGUUUCCAGCUUUUCUAGCCAAUCAGAGGCGGAGGAGGCGGGACCCCCUGGAAAGUCGCAAAAUCGCAUUGGGCUUGAUGAGUAUAGUCAGGUGCAUCAAAAUUUGCCUUCGGAAUUUUGCCUUCUAUAUUGCGUCGGCUGCAGUGUGUAUGGACCUUUAAGCUACCAUGUUUAGUAAUGGUAAUUAAUCGCUUAGGAAGGGGUCAGACAAUAAAUCAGCAAUUACCAACGAUUGAUAAAUUGCUUAUGUUCUGUGUCAAGCAAAACUGCUCAACUUUUUGUCCCUGGUCAGGUGGACAGGAUCUUUAAGGGCUUAUCAAAACGUUUCUGAUGCAGUUAAAUCAAUAGAAGACAAGCCUACCUUUGUAUCAGUAACCCUAAAGUAGUGUAAGAAAAGAAGCAGUCAGAAAACCGUCACUGAAGUCUUCGACUGUGCAGUAUACAGCAGGUUUUGAAAGUUUCCUUCUCUAGUACUCGACCUAAUCUUAUCUACUUGACCUCGUAUGCACUACUGAAUUUCUGCUCCAUGGCAUUUUGGUUCACCUGCUCUCCGAAUACCAUCGUCGACACUCUGUCUCAGUUUAAAUUCCUCAAGUGAAUGUCAGCUCUGUUUUCAUUCCUGUGGCUCUUUUUUAUUCACUACAUAAAUUUUCCAUGUUUGUUAAUGUGUUACACUUGUUGCUGUGUACAUGAACUCUUUAUUUCUCUCUGUCUUCUCUUCUGUAUCAUCCCAUCCAUGUGGGUGAUUGUUCCUGCAAAACCUUGGUGAUCAAUAGAGACUUUUGGUAUGCUUAUUCCUCCAAAAGAUGACCAGAAUGGCAGAGCAGCAUUGGUCUCAAUGUGACAACUUUUUCUAGAUGUGCUUGCUUUGAUUGUGUGCUUUGAUAAUAAAUCCGUGUUUUUGUUAUCCACAUUCUCUCAAUCUGGAUUUCUCAUACAUUGGUUUGUCUUUGCUUACCAUUUUUACGCUGUGUUUAAUAGCCUUUCCCCAAACUGUGUUCAGUGAUGCUCAAGAUGCUCAGCGAAACUUGCCCUGUGAUUCUAAAUUUUGUGUUUCCUUUCUUCAUUUUCAAUAAGGCUACUAAAUAACAGAAGCAUAUAUACUGAGUGUCUUUGCAUGCAUCACUACAGUAGUUUGCCUGUCUUGGAUGUUGUCGUCCUGUGUUUGCUUUGUCUACUCUCUUAGUAGAAUGAAGUAUGUGAUACUUUUAGUCUCCCGUUUUUAUUUUAUUUCCAGAUGAGAGUUGACUUUUCCCCUGUUUCUGCUCCAUUGACUGAGAUUUUUAAUUUGUACGUCCCUCCUGUCUUCCCUUCCUCCUCUAGUACUAAUGCAUUUGGUCUUUUUGGCAGUUUUUUCUAAAACCCCAAAGUGUUUUUUAAUACUAAUUAUUAGGUUUCCACCAUCAGAUGAGCUGCACACUAACUGCCUUUCUCUUUGCUCCUCUAGUGAAAGAGUUUCUAGCCAAAGCCAAAGAAGAUUUCCUACGGAAGUGGGAAUGCCCACCACAGGUAAGAACAAUGCAGGGCUUGACACUAACUUUUCUUUACAGGAAGUGCAUGUGAGUUAAAAAAGUAAGGCGCACACGAAGAACUUUAGGGGCACAAUGAAAAUUGAUCAGAUAAUAGAUGUCUUAUUGGUCGACAUUGUACUGUUAUUUGAAAUCAAUCUUAGGUCUUUUGGUCACAUGACAUGGAAGCUAUUGAAGAAAAUGUUCAAACUUUGCCUUUAAAUUUAACACAAACAUUUUUAAAGGAGAAAUAAGGGAAGUAAAGAGGUGUGUCUUAUCAUCCGACCUUAGUACUAUUAUUUGAAAUCAAUUUUAGGUCACAUGACAUGGAAGCUAUUGAAGGAAAACUGCUUUUUUUUUUUUUUUGAGAACAUCAACAGGUAAUUUAUUGAUGGUCCCUUAUUCAACACCCGACGUUGACAGCGAGGGUGCCAAGUAGAUUUAAUCGUGCUGUUGUUGUUAUUUUUGGUUAUAGAGAGUGAAAAGACACUGGUAGAUCCGCAGUGAAUGUCCGUCGGAUAUCCAACCUAAAACUAACUUCACCACGGUAUUUACAUUAAAAAAUAUUUGUUGCCUCGGCUGAUUUUUUUGCCCCUAAACACAUUCUAAAAUUCGCACUCAUCUAUUUUUAGUCGCAAAUGGGAGUGAAACGGUCUCACUGUCAAGCCCUACAAUGAAAUGCAGAGUUUGGCCGAUACAGGCUUUUUUUUUAUGCGCAUGUGCCCCUAAAUACUUUUUACAAUUAGCGCACAUCUAUUUUUGGUCGCAACUGUGAGUGAAACAGUCACACUGUCGAGCCCUGCAAUGAAAUGUAGAGUUUGGCCAAUAUGGGCUUUUUUGAAACCCAUUACAUAUUUACGUUACAGCAGCUGAUGAAGUGAACACUUACCUGGACUCUAGGCUAUUAUUUGUGCCAUGCCACUCACUGCUCUACUAAGAUGUUCUGAUAAAUUUGCUGCAGACGGUACUGAAAGUAUUGCAAAAUAAACAAACAGUCUCAACAGGUUAAACAAGAUGGUGACACGAUUUCCAAACCACUGAAUGCAAAGUUUUUUAUACAGAAAUCUGACCUGUAUCAGUAUGUUAGUUCUUACCCUAACAUGUUAUUUUCACAGAGCACAACGUGCCUAGAUGACUUUGAGAGAUUAAAGACCCUGGGGACGGGCUCAUUUGGCAGAGUAAUGCUGGUCAAACACAAAGGAACAGAGCAAUACUUUGCCAUGAAAAUACUGGACAAACAGAAGGUCAGUGGAAGCACUUAACACAAUCACUCUCUAAUCUUCCUCUAAAAACGAAAAACCAGACUUGUCCUCGUUGCUUGACAUCAUUGCAUGAGGACACGAGUCAACCGAAAGCUUCCUCUCAGUGCUCACUAUCUCUGUCGAUCUCUCGGUUGGAUUUCUCUCACAUGGUCAUCUUAUCUCCUUUUUUUCUCUGCCAGGUUGUGAAACUCAAGCAAAUAGAACACACAUUAAACGAGAAGAGGAUAUUACAGGCUGUGAGCUUCCCCUUUCUCGUCAGGCUUGAGUAUGCCUUUAAGGUAAAGUGCUUCGAAGAAAAGUAGCACUGAAGUGAUUUCAUGUGUUGUGGUAAACAGCGUCAUAAUACUGUAUUAUUACUUUUUCUAGGACAACUCCAAUUUGUACAUGGUGAUGGAGUACGUUCCUGGAGGAGAGAUGUUCUCACACCUAAGAAGAAUCGGACGGUUCAGGUGAGCGCUUUACUGCACCUGUCAUGAUCUCUGCACACAUAAAUAUAAUUGAUUAGGUUUGAGAUAGUGUUGGAGUCGUUUUAUGAACGUGUGAACAAACUUUUACGAUCCUCCCCCUGCAGUGAACCACAUGCACGGUUUUACGCCGCCCAAAUAGUGCUGACGUUUGAGUACCUCCAUUCGCUAGAUCUCAUAUACAGAGAUCUGAAACCUGAGAACCUUCUCAUCGACCACCACGGCUACAUUCAGGUGAGCUGGAACACAAGGUAGUUUUUACUCACAAGUGCUUCUCUGUCUAUAUCACUCUGUUCAUGGUGUGUGUCUGUUCCUGAUGCCUUAGGUGACAGACUUUGGAUUUGCAAAGCGAGUAAAAGGCAGGACCUGGACGUUGUGCGGGACACCAGAGUACUUGGCGCCAGAAAUAAUUCUCAGCAAAGUAUGGAGUUAAUUUUUUGGAGUUUACAAGAAUCCAAUCUUGGUUAUUUUUUGUUUCAGAGCAUGGCUUGUUUAAAAGACGUCUGUGUCAUAACUCCACUCUUAGGUUUGGUUCAGUCUUAUAAAUAGUUUUUGAUGGCCACAUUUGUCUUGAAUCUUUCCAGGGUUAUAACAAAGCUGUGGACUGGUGGGCCCUUGGAGUCCUCAUCUAUGAAAUGGCAGCUGGUUACCCUCCAUUCUUCGCAGAUCAGCCCAUACAGAUCUAUGAGAAGAUUGUAUCCGGGAAGGUAAGCAGGUGUUUGUAUAAAUCAGUUUUUUUUUAAGUUAAAUGUAAAAGAAAAACUCCUAAACCGUGUCUUUCCCUCUCCUCAGGUACGGUUCCCCUCCCACUUCAGCUCCGACCUGAAGGACCUGCUAAGAAACCUCCUGCAGGUGGAUCUGACAAAACGCUAUGGCAACCUGAAGAAUGGAGUCAACGACAUCAAGGGCCACAAAUGGUUCGCCACGACAGACUGGAUCGCAAUCUACGAGCGAAAGGCAAGACAGCACACAGUUUAUGUAGUGACACCGAACACGUCUACCCCUACGAAAACAAGAUAAUUAGAUAUUGAUUUGCUGAGAUUGAUUUUUUUUUUUCCUUUUUUUUUAAGCUGUAAAAAUCCCAACUCUGAUGCUCCAACACUUUUAUUCUUUGCUCAUUUCUGUCUGAAAUUUUUUGCAAUGACCCUUUACUGUUCCAGCUGUAUUAUUCUGUGUGGUUUCAUGACCUGCAGCUGCUGCUAUGAGGUUUAUUUUUUCUCUCUCUCUCUCUAUGAAACUGCCCAGCUGCCAGCCGUGCCACAUGCCACUUUGCAGGGUCACAUUGAUAAUGAAGCUCUUCGAUUACUCAAAGUAGAUAUUUAACUGAAGCUUGAAUGACAUUGAUCUGCUGAUUCUGUUUAACCUCAUUAUUACUCAUUCACACUGUUGUUUUAAGAGGUUUAGACGCUCUCUUUUCUCUCUAAAUGCAUCUGCUAACUUGACCUCUUUUUAAGAGUCAUAAUUCAGUUUACUUGAGCGCCAUUUCUACGUCUGUUUUGUACAACCACUAAGAGGUUGAAAAAAGUGACUGCCUCCAUAAAACAGAGAGUAACUUGAUUCUGUGAAGACGACAGAGUGACACAGUCAUAAAACUUUAUUUCACAUCCACUGCACUUUAAUUUCCUGCUGCCUCUAUUAUUUAUUUUUAUUAACUAUGCCUACAGGAUUUACUCACACGUACAUGCACACUCCUGUGCUCUAUCGUCACCUAGCUAGCCACAUGGUCCCCAUGAUGCAUUUCCACCAAAUGGUCUGGUUUGCUUCAGCACAGUUUUCCGAUGAAUCCUGAUCUGGCUUGCAUUUCCACAGACAAAAGCACCCUGGCGCUUCAUGUAGGAAGCCUGUAGGCAGCAAAGCGACCCCUGAAUGGCUGGAUUUUUUCAUUUUGGCGUUCAUGUCAACAGAUUAGAUCAUUCAGACUGGUGUUAGCAGGUUGUCUCAUGAUUUUUUUUGCAGAUCACAGCCAAAAUUCACCAGAGGGUUGAGGAUUGCUGAAUUUGCUCUGUAUCAGCUAUGUUUAUUGAUAUUUAAAACAUUUAAAAUAUGCUGAGUAGCAUUUCUAGAAAGCUUGAAUCAGAUCACAAUAGUUUUAUUCUGAAGUUACGCCAGACCAGUCGUUUGAUAGAGAUGUUAAGGUAUCGUCCGUAUCAUGGUAUCCUGAUACCAGAAAUGUCUAGAUUAGUGACACCAACCUGUGGUGAUAUGAAACGAGAAAUCUUGCAGGCAAAAAGUGUGGUUUUGUUGUGGAUUAGAGCUGCCUCAGAUGUGCAUGAGUGCAACAAAAAUAGCAGACACUGGCAUUAAUAAUGAGGGACUGAGAGAUGAUACAGGAACAGCGGUGGUCCAGUGGAGGCGUUGUGGUUUCACUGUGUCAAGAACUGAAAAAUGAUCAACUGUGACAACAAUAUCCAACUAGGGAUGAAAACCAAAACAGUUCUGCAGUUUAAAAACCCCAAUAAAUCAAUAACUGGUGAGCUCAUCAGUACUUAGAUCAAGUCUCAUGAAUCCCUGAUAUCAUCCCUCACAUCAAGCCUCAUUAAACUACAUCACUGCUGCACAAACACACAUCCAUUAUUCUGCAGAGCUCCUGAAGAACAAUGAAUGCUCUGCUAAGAUGAAGAAAAAUAUUGGUGAUCAGUUUCUUGCGAGGAUGUCUGAAGUCUGACUAAAUACCUUUGAAUGUCUUCAGCUUGAGAACUCAGUAUUCAUGAGUUUUCCUCUUACACUCAGGGCAGCUUUAGAAGUCGAACCUUAACUUUUUAGCAAGCCCUAAAAACUAAAAUGAGUAAUUUACCCUUGUUUAUAAAGUUAGGCCUCAGACAGUGUGGAAAUGGUGAUAAGAAUUUGAACAAUUUUGCUUAAAGUACUGUAAAUUUGCUGAGUUAGACACACUUUAAACACAGAUUUCCAUCUUAAAAGUGCACUGUAUCCUACACACUGGUGCUGCCAGCGUAGCAGUAUGAAAAGCAGAAAGGUGUUUUGUUGUGUAAGCGUAUUUUUUCCUGGAAGGCGGCACAAUAACCUCGCUGUUGUAGAAGACUACAGCAGUGUUCAGUUGGCUCUGCCUGCACACAAACACAUCCCUGCGUGUUUUUUUUUCAUCCCAGCUCAAGCUCCGUCUCUUGGUAUCUCUUCACCUCCGCCACCUUUUCCCUGACAGCUAAAAACACGGCAUGUUUUGUAAACAAAGAGUGGUGGGAGGUGAACUGCCAACUUUAAAGAAGUAGGCCAGAGGCUGCAGGCUUGUGUUUGUGCUGCGUUGAAGUUUCUUGUGUUUCCACUGAAGCAUGUAUUGUAGACCGUGCACCGCAUCAGCCGUGACAUUUCCUGACGAUUGACUGAACGAUUCUUGAAACCUUAAAAAGGCAUGAGAACUGGAUUACAUGGUAAACUGUGUGUUGUAGCCCGUCAGCGUCAGGAGAAUCACUGCAGGGGGGCUUGUUUUCAAACCGCUCGAUAGAUGUUAAUGGGUCAAACACUCAGCAGUUGCAACAACUAAACAAGGGUUGGGUUUAGAUGAAGGUAGCAUUGAUCAGAAACUUUAAAUCAUAUAACCUAUCCAGAAAUAACUCGUCAUUAGGUACUUUUCAAAGCUGAGAUGAUACGUUUUUACAAAGUGGCACCCAACCUCGUCGUAAUGUAUUAAUUAUUUGAAGCUGUUCUGAGUGGUAACACUUUAUAGUGGGAUUAAAAGCCUGCUGUCACCAUGAGGAAGAGACCUUGAUAAUUGUUUAAUGAGGAUUAACACUCACACUGACAUGUCGUCUCUGCUCAAAGUUUAAUUGAUGGUGGUGUGCCUACUUGUACGCAUGGAUACUGAUGAUUCUAAUUAUGUCAAAGCUAAAGGCUCUGCUUUCUGUGCGGCUGCUGAAGUCUGCUUGACGGUCAGUUUGGGAAAGUUUCACAAAACUGUUGGACCUGCUGCUUUUCUCGGUCUCUAAAUCAGAAAGGUGAAGGGAAAGGCUUCACCGACUGACAUCUGACAUGCAUUACUUUAAGGCAUCCCGGUCUUCUUAAGCUGUCAGAAUUCAGUGUGUUUUAGCAACGUUCAUAACUCUUCUUCUUUUCCAGGCUUCGUUUGGCAGUGUCGGGUAUUUUGCCGAUCUUCCUUCAGAAAAAUAAUUGUCUGUCAUUGGUGUUCCUGCGAUUGGCAGACUGGACAUAAAUGAAAUCCUGCCCACUGAAACAUGUAUCCCUGUUUUACUUGCAGGUUGAAGCUCCAUUCAUACCAAAGUGCAGAGGUCCAGGGGACACCAGCAAUUUCGACGACUACGAAGAAGAAGAAAUCCGCGUUUCCGUAACGGAAAAAUGCGCAAAGGAGUUUGCAGAGUUUUAGGAUUCCAGGACAUGGAUUUAUCAGGGAAAUAAGGGGAUCUUUGCACUCUUCUAAAGACUUGGGAUGGAGCAGAGACCAUAAUUUUUCAGAUCUACUUCAUAGUCCCUUCAUUCCACCAGGCGAAAAGAGGUCACCGUGAUCCUUGGGUGCCGAUAACCUCUCACUGUCACAUACACUUGCGUAUUAAAGCAGACACAUCACUUUUGUUCUUUCUUUUUUUUUGUACCUACCCACAGUUUUCUUUUUUUUACUUCGAAGCAGUUAGUCUUGGAUGUUGUUACUCCUUUUUGAAAUGUGACCUUUUUUUCAGUUUAUAAGGGAAAACUGAGACAAUGGCCAAUAAUAAUCCACAUGUUGUAACUGACAUUUCUCUGGCAGUUUCACACACACACAAAAGAACUUGUGUGAUUUGUACAAUGUUUCCUCCAGUUGUCAGCGCUGUAUAUUCAACUGUCUGUUACAGAACUAUGCUACGUUGGCUAUUGUUAAAUUCUGGCCGGCUUUCAGAGGUAGCAUUUGUCUCAUGUGCAUAUCUAUCUGUUUUCAACAUUGAAAGAAUGACCAAAUAGGAAGACACAAGAAGGGAGUUUUUCCUUUUUAUUUGCUUUUUGCCCUGAAAUUGGAGUGGUCAGGCCCCCACAGAAUCACCCAUUUCACUCUCUUCUUAGUAUUCUGACCCAGGCACAGUAAGCAGAAAAUGACAUACCUUGUUACAUUGGUAAAAAGCAAAUCAUGUUUGUUUGUUUGAUCCUUUUUGGGUCUGUUAGUUACAUGUAAACUUUGUCAUUUUUACUUUUUUUGUUGCGGUGUCUAACAUUAUAAUCAUGUUGUCCCUAGAUUUUGGGUCUUUUUAUGAAGACUCUUUCCAUAAGUCUGUGGAACAAUGUGACUUUUGUAAAUGAUGAAAAGAUUGAAAUAAAACCCUUUUUAGGGUUUUUAUUGAGUGUAAUGUAAAGUCAAGAUGGUCCUCCUGGAUACUGUUGUGGCUUGUGCCUCAACAUUGUUAGUGCAAAUUUGAAAAAGUAAUGUAUCAAAUCAAAUCAAGGCAGUUUUAAAACAGGAAUUCAAUAAUCUGAUUUACCAUACAGUUCUUGUUAUCAUCCCUCAAACAGAUUUUUGUUUCAUUCUUGUCAAAGAAUGUAGAUUUGCGACAUAAAGGUAUGCAUAUUUUAAAGCUCGAGUUCAAGGUACAGUUUUUCUCACAAAACACUGGCUAAAAUAAAGACUGCUCCUUUGUAUCACAUGUAACCCUAUUAUUGUUAAACUCAUUACAUCAUACGUAUAUACAUUGUUUCAUAUAUGUUUUUAUUUAUACACAUUAGAGAUGCUAAUAAAUUUUAUUUUUAAAAGUGUAU